UCUGUGCGAUAAUCUCAUUAUUUUACAAUACAUUUUAGCCGUAUAUUGUUGUGUGUAUGUUGUAUCGCCAAAUGUUCGGCAUCUUCAAAAUUUUAAUUAAUCCAUUACCAACUGGUUCCACGCAUAUUUAAUAAAAAAAUCUUGUUUAUAUUAAAGUGUUUUUACAAUGAAUAUUGAUAUUAAAUUGGAUAUUUUGGCCAUAUUUUUAAUUUGGAUAUUAAAAGACACUUCCUGUAUCAAAAUUGACAAAUCAAAGUUUAGAACUGUGGGCACUUUUCGAUACAAUAAUCCAUUUAAUGUAAAUGCCUCCAGUAGUAAUAGAGCCACACUUGCCGCCUGUGAUUGUGGAUGGAGAAAUACAGAGUUCCUCAAUAUAGUUAACGGCGAAGAGACGGGAGUUCAUGAAUUUCCCGCAAUGGCAGGUUUAGUUCAAGUGGAUACUGGUGCUCUGUACUGUGGGAGUACAAUUAUUUCGGACAGGUAUCUACUAACGGCAGCUCAUUGCGUCUAUGGAAUUUCAGCAAGAAAUAUAGCUGUACUAGUUGGUGAUCAUAAUAUAUCUACAGGAACUGACACACCAUAUGCGGCACUCUACUUAAUCAACGGCUACGUUAUACAUCCAAGUUACAAUUUCAGCACAUAUGAAAAUGAUGUAGGAAUUAUACAGACAUCAUCUCAAAUUAUCACCAGUACUUAUGUAGCGCCCAUAUGCUUACCAUUUUAUUAUUACACCACAGAUUUCAGUGGACAACAGGUAACAAUUUUAGGUUGGGGUCAAAUAGAAUUUUCGGGUCCUACAUCUGAUACAUUACAGAAAGCAAAUUUAGAUGUUAUAUCGAAUGCUCAAUGUAAUUAUUUAGUCGAUGAAACGAUAAAUAAUAAUGAGAUAUGCACUUACACGUCAGGUAGAGAUUCCUGUCAAUCUGACUCUGGUGGUCCGCUGCUUUGGACAAAUCCAUCAAUUGGACGCAUGUUCUUAGUUGGUAUUAUUUCUCAUGGUCGCGGCUGCGCCUUUGGCUAUCCAGGAAUUAAUACUAGAGUGACGUAUUUCUUAGAUUGGAUCUUAUCCAUGACAAGCGAUGCUACAUACUGUGCAUUAUAAGAAAGACUGAAGUUGCACGCACUAAUAUUAUGAGGAUUAGAAUAUUAAGGAAUGUAUCAUUUCUUAGAAAGCAUGACAAUAACUUCAGUUGCCAUGAAGUUAUUGAAUAAAUACGUUUUUUUAGAAG